CCUGCUCUAACAUGUGGGCGCACUCGCAGUGUCGGUUGUCAGCUGUCCAGUUGUGCGCUCUCGCUGGAGAGGCUUUUUGUUGGGAAGUUUCUGUAAGUGAGUCAACACGGCACAGGGAGGACGCCACCCAGCCCCGCCGCUGGAUCCUCCGCUGGGCUUCUCUCUGCUUCCUCCGAGGACACAAAAGAACAACUUCACUCCACAACAGAGGAUUGAGGUUUUUGAUCUUCACACACCGGGGAUGGUUAUCGUCGUUUUUACGCGGCUUUUUCCUCUUUGGAAUUAACGCAGCGGAGGAGAAAUGAAAGUGACGGUGUGUUUCGGGAGGACCCGGGUGGUCGUUCCGUGUGGAGAUGGGAAUAUAAAAGUCCACAGUCUUAUCGAACAGGCGGCCAUGAGGUAUAAAAAGGCCAUAGCGAAGGACCCCAGCUAUUGGGUUCAGGUCCACAGGUUGGAACAUGGAGAUGGAGGCAUUUUGGACCUGGAUGAUAUGCUGUGUGAUGUGGUGGAUGACAAAGACAGGUUGGUCGCUGUGUAUGAAGAGCAGGAUCCACACAAUGGAGGUGAUGGCACAAGCGCCAGCUCCACAGGCACACAGAGUCCAGAACCCUUUGCCAGUGACAUGAGUUCAGCAUCGGCUUUCCAACCCUACCAAGCCAACAGUGAGAUCGAGGUUACUCCGUCUGCUCUGCGAUCCACCAUGUCUCUCAAUGUUCGUCGCAGCAGUGAUCCCUCCCUGGCUGGCCUUCCUCUAGGCGAAGUCCCAGUUGGUCCUGAGGAACCGUCCAGAAAGAACCCAGCUCGCUGGUCCACAACUGCUGGUUUUCAGAAAUACAGCCAUAAGCCAAACACAAGCGGAGGCACAGGCAGCCUAGAACGAAAGGGGAGAGGGGCCCAUGCCUACCGGAGUCUUCCUCGUGAUACGAGUGGCUGGACCACUCAGUUCCAAAGAGAGACGACUCGAUCCUCUUUGAGUGCCAACCAUCCAAUGGUGGACAGAUGGCUUGACCGACAGGAACAGGAGGAGGAGGAAGAAGAGCAAAGGAAACAAGAAAGGAGAAUUGAACGAAUAGAGCCAGUAGGAAGGGCUGACUCCUCAGUGGAACAUUCACCUGUGCUACACCUAGAAGGCAUGCUCAAGCCGGUUGAGGUGUCCAAUGAAGGAGGGCCCCUGGGGAUCCACGUAGUGCCUUUCAGUUCGCAGGACAUCAGGACUCAGGGCUUGCUAGUGAAGCGUUUGGAGCGUGGGGGCAAAGCCGAGCAGGAGCGUCUCUUCCAGGAGAAUGACUGCAUAGUCAGAAUUAAUCAGGGAGACAUUCGCAACCUGCGCUUUGAACAAGCUCAGAACAUUUUCAGGCAGGCGAUGCGUUCCUCUGUCAUCCUCUUCCAUGUGGUCCCUGCAGCCCUGAAAAGGCAAUACGAGGUACUGUCUGUGCGGAAUGAGAUCAGCAGCCCACCCCAGUCCAACAGGGUCCGCUUUAGCCAGGACUCUCAGCAGCCAGGGGACAGGUCAAGUCUGGUGGGAGGAGCGAUGUCCAGAUCUGGACCACAAUCCAGCUUCAACCACAACCAUCAGGGUCCUCUGUCAGGAAGCACCCCAGAACCAAGUCGACGCUUUGCCACUUUACCCCACAACUUGGUCUCCAGGACCUCGUCAGCCCCGUCCCCCUCCCUGCAGCGCAGGAUAAGCACAAACAUGUCCACCAGCUCCUACCUGAAGAGCAAAGGCCGCAGGUUCAACAUCCAGCUGAAGAAAGGUCCAGAGGGCCUUGGAUUCAGCAUCACAUCCAGAGAUGUCCCAAUUGGCGGUAGUGCUCCCAUUUAUGUCAAAAACAUCCUUCCUCGAGGGGCUGCAAUCCAAGAUGGAAGACUGAAAGCUGGAGACCGGCUGCUGGAGGUUAGUGGAGUGGACCUGAAUGGUAAGAGCCAAGAAGAGGUGGUAGCCCUGCUCCGAGCCACACCCAUGGGUGGAGCUGUGAACCUACUGGUGAUUCGUCAAGAAGACUCCCUGCUGCCCCGAGAAGUGCCAGAGGAGGAUGACCCUGUGUUAACCCCUGACGGUAAACAGGAGUUCAUGACCUUUGAGAUCCCCCUGAAUGACUCAGGCUCAGCAGGCUUGGGGGUCAGUGUCAAAGGUAACCGGUCCAAGGAGAACCAUGCUGACUUAGGCAUCUUCGUAAAAUCCAUUAUCAAUGGAGGCGCUGCUAGCAAGGAUGGACGUCUACGUGUCAAUGACCAACUCAUUGCAGUCAAUGGGGAGUCAUUGCUUGGGAUGACUAACCAAGAUGCCAUGGAAACACUGCGCAAAUCCAUGUCGGUAGAGGGCAACAAGCGAGGGAUGAUCCAGCUCAUCGUGGCUCGGCAGGUGGCCAAAAACAAUGAGGAAGCCCUUGGCAGCCCUCCGUCGGAGCAUCCUGUUAAUUCACUUCUUGACAACAAUGAACGCCGGAUCUCCCAUUCUCUUUAUGAAACCACUGAGAGCUUGGACAACAUUUCCACACCACGAGCUAAUGCCAUUGGACGGAUUGGUAACUACCAGUUCUCUCCCACUGUGAACAUGCCGCAAGAUGACAUCGUGAUGAUUGAAGAUGAUAGGCCACCCCUGCUUCCUGCCCACCUUUCUGACCAAUCAUCUUCCAGUUCCCACGAUGACAUGGGCUUCGUGGGAGAAAAUCCUGUCCCCUGGAUCCAUGAACUGCCUGGUCAGAAUGAAUGCUCACUAAGUCCGGAUGCAGACGCUGAUGGUGCAUUCCAGAGGGAGGGCUUCGGACGCCAGAGCAUGUCAGAAAAACGCACCAAGCAGUAUGAAAAUGCUGCUCAGCUGGAGAUCAUCAAGACCCGCAAGUCCAAGAGCAUGGAUCUAGGUUCUUCAGAGCAAGAGGUUGGACCCUCGCUGGGUCUCAAAAAGUCCAGCUCCCUUGAAAGCCUGCAGACAGCUGUUGCCGAGGUUACGCUGAAUGGUGAGAUCAACGUCAACAGGCCACGCUCACGGAUCAUCAGGGGUCGUGGCUGCAAUGAGAGUUUCCGAGCUGCAAUCGACAAAUCAUACGAGAAACCUAGUGUCACCGCAGGAGAAGAAGAGAACAGCAUGGAGACAUUGGACGAGGACACAGAGGGAAGCUCCCGGUCAGGUCGCGAGUCGAUGUCCACCAGUGGUGACCUCAUUGUGGGCUCUGGGCUAAACGGCAACCUCUCCAAAGAUGACAGACGGAAAGAUAGGGACAAGGUUGGGGGGAAGGAGAAGAAGAAAUCGGAAAGGGAGAAAGACAAAGAUAAGGACAAGAACAAAGCCAAGAAAGGUGUGCUGAAGGGCCUGGGCGACAUGUUCAGGUUUGGAAAGCACCGGAGGGAUGAGCGGCCAGAAGACAGGAUGGAAAGGAAGAGUUCCAGUAAAUCUAAAGCCGAGGACAUGCAGGCGUCAGAAGAGGAGACCUUGCGGAUGAGGCUGGAACAGGAGAGAAUACAGGCCAAGACACGAGAACUUCGGGAGAAGCAGGCAAAAGAGAGAGAGUACGCCGAGAUCCAAGAUGUUGUCAGCCGCACCUUCAGCUCAGAUGAGGACCACACAUACGCUGGCAUUGGAUCAUUAGACUCGUCGGUAGAUAGCAGCAUAGACCCUUACAGCCACCCCUACCACCUCCCUCAGAGUCCUCAGAGCCCUCACCCUCCACUGAGCCUUCCAGGCAACGGUCCACCCCUGGAGACGCUGUACGCCCAGGUCAACAAGCCACGCAAUGGACGCCCUGCAGCUUCAGACAGCAGUCAGAUGGCUCCCAGUAACCACGACCGGAUACAGAGGCUGAGGCACGAGUUCCAGCAGGCCAAGCAGGAGGACGACCUUGAGGACCAUCAGCACACCUACAGCUUCGACCAGCCCUGGGUGACCAAUGGGACGGAGGCUCAGAGUGGACGCCAUUCUGUGACAGUUGAUACUCAGGUCCAGAAACAGCAGCAAGACGACAGAGAUGGUUUCCAACAAGCACCAAGACAGUACAACUCUCUGCCACGGCAACCUCGCAAGAACCCCAGCACGGUGUCCCAGGAGUCAUGGGACAAGGUGUACAUGCCAGCAGAGGGUUUCCAGACAUCCAAGGAGAACCCUCGCUACUCUGGGGGCCAGGGGUCACGCAAUGGCUACCUGGGAACGUCCAGCUUUAACGCCCGUGUUCUCCUAGAGACCCAGGAGUUGCUGAGACAGGAGCAGAGACGAAGAGAGCAGGAGGCCAACAAGGCCAGGCCGCCUCCAGCCCAGGAAACCCCGAGUGGCAGCAGCUAUGACCACAAUGGAGACCACAGCCAGGCCCCAGCUCAGGCCCCAGCUCCAGCUCAGGCUCCACCUCAGUCCAAGGGCCCCUACAGACAGGACGUACCUCCAUCACCUUCUCAACUCGCCAAGCUCAGCAGGCUUCAGGGUUCAGAGAAAGGAAGGCUGUUUUAUUCCUGAGACAGUGAAAAGGAAAAGGAAAAUGAAUGUCUGUGGGAGAUUAGGACUGAUCCUUACAAGCAUUUACAGGGGAAAAAUACAAGGAGGGCAACAAGUCAAGUUCUUUAUAAAAUACAGAGGUACAAAGAUUUUUAUGGGACCGUUGUUAUAAAAUGUUAAUAUUUAAAAAGAAUUUAAUGAUAUGAUCCUUUUUAGCUGUAUCGAAAAGAAAUUAUUCUAGAUGUUUUAUUUGUCCAGCAUUGUGAUCUUCUAUGUAUAUAAGUGCCUUUUAGUCCAUUGAUUGUUCACCUUUUGUAGGCAUCGGCCCCAUUAUUUGACUCAUGAUGUGCAGUUUUGAACCAUCCACGUCAGUCAAGCAGCUCUACAGCUGACAGCAGUCUGACCUAAACAACAGAACUCCAAAUGCAAGACAUAUUUUUGUUUUUUCUUCUUUUAGGGUUUGUUGGUUGGUAACAGCUGUUUUUUUUUCUUCUACUCUGUUUAUUACCGCCAUGUCCAACAUAGCCUAUAAGACAAUCAGGCUAUUCAUGGAGACUAUAUCAAGCAGUACACAGUAACCGUGUUUCCAUCAUGUAUUUUCAUGCGCAUUUUUAAGUGCUGCGUUAGAAAAAGUUCAUUGGAAACAGCAUUAUUUGAAAAAAAAUCCCCAUUGUAACCUAAACGUUUUUACAUCGACAUGCAAAUAGUUAGUGAUAGAGACUUUGCAAACCAACAGCACAUGACUGAUCUGCUGUUUGUGGUUCUUCCAUAAUCUUUGUCUCCAGACAGCUUGAAACAUGACAAAUACCAGCUGGCAUGAAAGAACGAUUCUAAGUUUCUGAAGCCUUUUCUACAUUUUUCUCUAAAUGGCCAAAAUUCUAUUUGUUUCUUCCUCUUUGAUGUUUUUUAGUUGGUAAACAGCUGAUUUAGUUUCCGGCUUCUUCUGCUGUGUUUGUUGCAGCCGUGUGUCAUGCUGUCUAUACCACUGCCUUCUGACAACACUAGUUUAUUCACUACAAAGUGGUUAAUGGACACAAAUCGAAAUUGCAUUAUCUUUUUUAAUGUUUUUGCAACAUUUCAAAAGUUUGCUUCAUAUUUUCUCAUUAUAUGGAAACACGGCUACUGUCUAUGUUUUUGUAGCACCCAGGUGCUGGCAUGAAAUUAGUCAUUACCAUGCUUGUGUAAAUGAGGCUUAUUAUUAUGAGGCAGUUCAUGGUCUUUAUCAAGCAAUACAGUGUGUGUGUGUGUGUGUGUGUCCAUUUGUGUGUGUGUGAGAGAGAGAGUGCUGGCAGGAGAUGACGUGCUGACAGAGUGUGGAGGUUAAGAAGCUUGUGUGAACUGUAGAGUCAGAGCUUGGGUUUUGGGCAUGAGCACCCAUCCCCCUAUGUUCAGGCAAAUGUCCCUUUUGGUUUCAGAUGCAGCAUUUACUGAGAGGCUGUAUCCUCUUUCCAUCCCCCUCUUGUAUUCAAUAUGAUAAUCCUGAAUUCUUUCUUCCUCUCUGCGGGCUGCUUUAUCUCACUUUUUUUCUCUUCGCAUUGUCGCCCUCACCAUACGGCACUCUCAGUGGAGGAAAACAGCUUUAGAUCUUCUUUAUUCCUACUCUGCUCCACCCACCCACCCACCCGGGGAACCCAGCGGUAUAAAUGGGGUCAGGUCUGGGUUAUUAUUUAAUGUGCCUCAUUAAAAAUAAAUGCGCCCCAUUGUGUGUGUUUGUUGUCAUGUGUGACGAGGAAAGAGAAACAGUGACCUUGCAAUCGCUUCUCUGGCCCCGGCAUCACCUAGAAUGAUUUGGCUGUAACAGAAGCCUGUUGGCCUUUAGGUGUCUGAGCUGUUCCUUACUGAAUAUUUCAUCAGUGGUUACAUGGGAAACCACAUCAGCUCUGCCAUGGAUGGCCUCAGUGUGGGACUGCUUGUCCGCUGGCCACAUACAAUGGAGCUGAUUUUGUUUUCCAUCAUGAUUAAGUCCAUUGAUAGAAAGCCACUCGGGAACUUUUUCGCAGUUAAAUCAAUAAUUAGUGGUGUGUUUUUCAAAGUGUGUGUGUGUCUAUGUGCACUACCAUUCAGAAGUUUGGUGUCACUUAGAAAUGUUCUUAUUUUUGAAAGAAAAGCACUUAUUUUCAAUGAAGAGAACAUUAAAUUGAUCAGAAACAGUCUAUUACCACAAUCUUUACCACAUUAUUAAUGUGGUAAAUGACUGUUCUAGCUGGAAACUGAUGAUUUUUAAUGGAAUAUCUCCAUAAGGGUACAGAGGAACAUUUCCAGCAACCAUCACUCCUGUGUUCUAAUGCUACAUUGUGUUAGCUAAUGGUGUUGAAAGGCUAAUUGAUGAUAAGAAAACCCUUGUGCAGUUAUGUUAGCACAUGAAUAAAAGUGUGAGUUUUCAUGGAAAACAUGAAAUUGUCUGGGUGACCCCAAACUUUUGAAUGGUAGUGUAUGUGUAUAUGACUGAAUGUGUUCUUGUACUUCCACCCUUGAUAAAACAGGAAUAUAAACUUUAGAUUGUCAGGCCAGUUAAUGUCAAUUUUUCUUGAAGGGCGAAGUUUACUCUUAUAUGUGCUCAGUAAACCAGGUUCCUCUGAGAAAACAGGACAGUCAGACUAUGGUGUAUAUCUGAGGAGGUUGAGAAUCAGAUUCCUCCUCUACCACGACUUUAUCUUUUAGCGUUCAUCACUUACUGUUGUCGUGAUACAAUAUGCUGCGUUAUGAUGAAUGUGUUCUGUUAUAUUGUCACUGGACAAGUGAUUUUAGUUUUACGGUGCUUUCACUCCACAUUAUUUAAUUUUAAAAUGCAUCACUUCUGCUGUGUUUACAUCUAACGUCUACACUACUCCGGGCAUUUAGGACCCCUAAAGUGGAAACUUUUUGAAAUGUUUCUCACCCUGCUUUAGUCUGAAGACUCAGAGGUCACAUUUAGUCUAGACAAUCAGAGACAGAGGCUUUUAGAAACAAUGAUAGACACCAGUGUUCGCUUUCUCUUUGUCAUCCUUCUGACAACUGCUGUUCUUCCUCCAUCAUAUUUCCUACAACUAAUAAAACAAGCUGCUGCUUUUUGCUGACACCAGCACUUGCAUGACGGAUGUUAAUAGUCAUGUGAGAUGAAUUUUCAGGCAUGAGUAUGCGUAUAGAUUUCUGAAACAGCACUAAAAUGCACACCUAAACUGAGAUCAUUUUUGAACAAUAUGUAUUAGUGUGGGUUGCACAGUGGGUCAGUGGUUAGCACCAUCGCCUUGCAGCUAGAAGAUCCCUGGUUAGCGUCCCAAUCUGACAGCUUUCUGUACGGAGUCUCCAUGUUCUCCCUGUACAUGUGUGGGUUCUCACCAGGUUCUCCAGCUUCCUCCCACAGUCUAAAAACAUGCUCAGGUUGAUUGUUGAUUCUAAAUUGUCUGUAGGUGUGAAUGUGAGUGUGAUUGUUUGUCUCUAUGUGUAGCCCUGUGAUAGACUGUUACCUGUCCAGGUGUCCCCUGCCUUCACCCUCAGUCAGCUGGGAUAGACUCCAGUCCUCCUGUGACCCUAAUGAGGACUAAGCGGAGUGUAGAUAAUGGAUGGAUGUAUUAGUGUGGAUGGAGCUUAAGCCAGAAUGGGACCAAAUUAUUCUGAACAUGGAGCAUAUGAUGAUUUUGAAACAUAUAUUUUAUAACUACUUAACUUCAUUCUUAUUUUUGUACGACCGAAAUGUAUUUUUUUCCCAAAACUUUAAGACUGUGAUGUAGUAGAAAACGUUUCCAGUUUAACCUUUUGAUGCACAGUGUGGGUCAGGAGAUACCCAUUUUUCCAUUGGAUUUGGGUCACUUUUGACCCAUGUUGUGCAUUGAAGGGUGUAAAGGAGCCACACGGCAAUAGUACUUUCAGUCAUCAGAACAGGGUUUACAUUACAUGUGGGACCAUUAUUGUUAGACUUAGGUUUGGCUAAGUUUAGGUGCUAGAACUACUUGGUUAGGUUUCGGAAAAUACAAUGAGUUGGCUUCCAACAUGUUUGAAGCAUCUCCUCUGUUUGUUUGGGUUUUUGGGGAGAUUAAUCCUAGCCCAUCUAAUGUAUGAUUGGUUGGUUGAAAAUGAUUUACACUAAAACAAUAAAAUAAAUGACAAAGAUGUUGAUUUGAAACAUAUUUGUGAUACAGGGUUAGUCACAAACAAAUGUGACGUAGUUUAGGUACUGCAAUAUAAUGUUUGAGAGACAGGCCUGUAUUGGCAACUGUUUUCAACAAGCAGGGAAAAACGUUGUCCCAUUUUUUAAUAUUCAAAUGAAUUUGCGCCUCUAAGCCUCAGUCAUUUCCUGAGCUCUGGGUUUAGGGUUCUGACUAGAUUUAGGAUUAAGAGAAAGCUCAUGGCUAGUAUUUAUUCAUUGGUGACAGUAUAGUUUAGGAGGUUUGUGGUCCUCACAAGCAUAUAGAAAUGAAUGAAAGGGAAUGUAAAAUAGAGCACUAGUAUGCUUGUUUGUCUACCAAUUUUCCAGCGUGUGUGUGUGUGUGUAGGUGGACAUGUGUUUAAGUGUCUGUAAGCGCUGCCAGUAACUGGAUGCUCCAAUAUGUCUAUGAAUAUGUCUUGGCAGCCAUAUGAACCACUUGGCUGUUGAGUGGGAGAGGAGCAGAGGAGUGGGAGGGAGAGAAGAUGGGAGGCCUGACCUUGCAGAUGAUUCAGUCAAUGGAGUAAUCACAACUAUUCCUCUGAGUCUGCAGUACAAACAAGAGGUUACCAACGAGGCAGCGCUCACUUUUGCUGUCUCUUCUUCUUAUUCUCUACAUUUAUCUGCUUCAUCUGUCUGUCAGUUGUACACAUUUGUUGUUGUUUUUUUUUUUUUUUUUUUCUGGGGCAGAAUUACUGGGUCUGCUUUGGAUAGAUGAAAGUAGCAGCAGCUGAGUGUUUGUGUGAGGGGCCUCAGCUCUGACACAGCAGCUGUUUUAACUGGUGUGUCUCGUCAUGAACUGGGGAGGUGCCUGCAAUAUCUAAUGAGUCUUUUUUUCCCCCCUCCUCAUAUGCAAAUUUGAUAAUAUCCCAUAAUGCACAUUUAUUAUUUGUGUUGUUUAAUUAAUGUUUGUGCACCGCCUCUGUGACAUAUGGAUUUUUCCCAUAAAGCUAUUGUUUCGGGGGAUGUUUUAAAGUCCUGGGAGAAAUGAGAAAUAUAUUGUUAUUGUUUUAUUGUGUUUUAAUAGCCAUCCUUCAUUGUGUUUUAUUAUCCACAAUAUGGUACUAUGCUGGUAAAAAAUGACCAAUAUGUAAGCACCGUGCAAUUUUCCUUUUUACAACAGUGUAUCAUUAAGAUAUGUUUCUGCUGUUCUCUGUACAUACAAUAUAAACUUUUUUCAAUGAAUAAAUUGAGGGUAGUUUCAA